UCUUUAAGCUGUGUUAUUUAUGUGUUUGUGCAUGUGUGUGGGUGCACACCCCCACUGCUUGUGCGCGGAGGUGAGAGGACAGCUUGCGAUUCUCUGCCCUCUCCUGGACCGGAUGCACUGUGCAGCCGCGCUCAGGUCAUCAGCCUCGGUAGAAGGCCAACCAUCUCGCCUGCUUGCUGCCUUGUAAAACCAGGUAACAGUUACCAAGUGUUCUCUUAAAUUCUUUUUAAGAGAUUUGAAAUGUUUUGAUGAAAGUCUCUUGUGCCUAGACAAUUGCAGAUUUGCCUUUGCUGCCAAAGUAAAAUCUUCCUUUUAGCAUCUAAAUAAUUUCAAGAGCUGCUUUGCAGGUUUGACUGACAAAUGAGCUUGGAAGCUGUUUGAUCUUUCAGAAAUGGCUUCAGCCGCAGACACUGACACAAUGCCCUCUGCAGUUCCUGCAUUCCCCAGGACUCAUCCCGCAUGGACUUCCAAAGCACAUCGAGGGCCUCGGCUGCAAGGUCCCAACAGAACACCGAGAUUUUAUGCUGUUGUCAAAGAAUCAAGAGCCGUCGAUGGAAAGAGUCCACGAAAGAGGAAGACGAGCCACAGCACCAACCCGCCUCUAGAGUGUCACGUUGGGUGGGUGAUGGAUUCUCGGGACCAUGGGCCAAGACCACCCUCCGUCAGCAGUUCCAAUGCCUCGCCUUCGGAAGGUGCACGGCUCCCAGGAGGCCGCAGCUGUACGCCUCACUCGCUCCCAAAGUUCCAGCAUCCUUCUCACGAACUGCUGAAGGAAAACGGCUUUACCCAGCAAGUGUACCACAAGUAUCGCCGACGGUGUUUAAGCGAGAGAAAACGCUUAGGAAUUGGGCAGUCACAGGAAAUGAACACCCUCUUUCGUUUCUGGUCCUUCUUCCUCAGAGACCACUUCAACAGGAAAAUGUAUGAGGAAUUUCGACAACUUGCUCGGGAAGAUGCAAAAGAGAAUUACAGAUAUGGGUUAGAAUGUCUUUUCAGGUUUUAUAGUUAUGGACUGGAAAAAAAAUUCAGACAAGAAAUUUUUAAGGAUUUUCAAGAGGAGACCAAAAAAGACUACGAAUCUGGGCAGCUAUAUGGACUGGAAAAAUUUUGGGCCUAUUUGAAGUAUUCUCAAUCUAAGACACAGUCUGUCGACCCAAAACUUCAGGAAUACCUCUGUAGUUUUCAGAAGUUAGAAGACUUCCGUGUUGAUCCCUCCAUUAGUGAGGAAUUUGGAAGAAAAAGACAUUCAUCUACUCCUGGGGAGGAGAGUAAUCGCCACAGACUUCCGCUCUCCGCCACACCGCCACCACCUGCGGCUCAGCCUGCGUCUAGCGGCGACCUGCAGGAGAAACCUCUGGCUCCCAGGGACAACUCACCGUGACGGCGCUGCCUCCGCCUGGCCUCCGUGGGGGAAGUAGACCUCACGCAAAAGCCGCGUGUCCUUGAAAUCAGCAUUAGCAUCUCCUGAUGUCUAAUUGUGAUAA